UGCAGCUUCUCUGUUCCAGUUGAACUGUCUUUGUGAUGUCCUGCUUUCCCACAUACAUUGGAAAGCAAACUGGUUCUUCCUUCCAUGACUGUGUGAUUCUCAACUUUCAAACAGCCUUUGUUUCCCCAUAUAAUGGAUAAGCAGAAACUUUCAAAGAAAGUGAAAGCACGCUUGAAAUACCUCCCUGGUAUUUCUCUCUGGUAGCAGUGUCGAGGGUAUAAAGCUUCAUCCUUCCUUAGUUCUGGGUUUUGGGGACCUUAUUCUUCCAAUUGGUAACGCACACGAGAUGCUGGAGGAACUCAGCAAGUCAGGCAGUUCCUCCAGCAUCUCGUGUGCGUUGCUGCAGAUUCGCGGCAUCUACAGUCUCUCUUAUGUCUUCCAAUUUGUAUCUGAAGUAAGGAGUAGAUAUAUUAUGUAGCCAGCAGUUGGCGAUGGCGGUGGAGGUCAGCUGGUGCAAUGCACCGAGAGGUCCCUGUGCCGUCGGAUUCAAAACUCCUCGGCAGGAGAGAGAGUUGCCGGCGUUAUGGCUCCUCUCUUGGAACACGAGAACCAGAUCUUUUUAGAUUUAUUCCACGAAGAUGGGCUCGUCAUCACGGCAAAGGGAUUGGGUGUGGACAGGAUUCUGCUGAACUUCCUCAAGUUGUACUGUGACCCGGGGAACCUGGUGCUUGUGCUGAACACGAACGUGGCGGAAGAGCAAUAUUUUAUUGAGCAGUUACGGUCUGAAGGAGUGCCCCAUCUUCCUCGUAUUAUUACUAAUGAAAUUCCAAGCCAUGAGCGUUAUGCAGUAUACACGGAAGGUGGAGUCUUAUUUGUGACUAGCCGGAUUCUGGUUGUUGAUUUUUUAACAGAUCGUAUUCCUUCUAAUUUAAUUACAGGUAUUUUGGUAUACAGAGCUCACAAAAUCAUUGAUUCAUGUCAGGAAGCAUUUAUUCUUCGGCUUUAUCGGCAGAAGAACAAACAGGGUUUUAUCAAGGCUUUCACGGACGAUGCAGUGGCCUUUAAUCUCGGAUUCUGUCGAGUGGAACGAGUGAUGCGAAACUUGUUUGUUCGUAAACUGUACCUCUGGCCUAGGUUCCACAUAGCAGUCAGCUCUUUCCUAGAGAGACACAAACCUGAAGUAAUAGAGCUGCAUAUUUCCCUCACUCCUGCCAUGCUGGCUAUCCAGACUGCCAUUAUGGAUGUAAUGAAUGCCUGCUUGAAAGAACUUAAACACUACAACGCAUCUUUGGAUAUUGAGGACAUGUCUCUUGAGAAUGCAGUUGGAAAGUCCUUUGAAAAGGCAGUAUGUUACUAUUUGGAUCCAAUCUGGCACCAGCUUGGUGCAAAAACUAAGUCUCUGGUACAGGAUUUGAAGAUUCUUCGUACCCUAUUACAAUAUUUAACCCAAUAUGACUGUGUUACCUUUCUCAAUCUACUUGAAUCUCUUCGAGCCACUGAGAAAACUUUUGGCCAGAAUUCAGGGUGGUUAUUCCUGGAUGCCAGUAAUACGAUGUUUGUGAAUGCUCGUGCCAGAGUUUACGAGUAUCCUGAGGCAAAACUUAAAAUCUCAAAGAAUGUGGCAAAUUCUGAAGCGAAAGAAACCGACCAGGCAGAGGAAAAGAAGGAACUUGUCUUGGAGAUGAACCCAAAGUGGAAAGCAUUGAGUGAAGUGUUAACAGAGAUAAAAAGAGAAAAUGAACCCGGUGAAGAGCUGACUGACUCUGGUCAUGUGCUGAUCUGUGCCAGUGAUGAUCAAACCUGCGCACAGCUGAAGGAAUACAUCACCAUUGGAGCAGAAGCCUUGUUAAUGAAGCUCUAUAAUAAAACUUUUGGGAAGAAUGAGAAGGCUGAGCAUUUAAAUACAGCCACCAUAAAAAGUAAGCCUGGCAAAUCCAAGGCAAGAACAAAGUCUGGCAAUGGCCCUAAAUUAAAGAAGGCAAAAACGGAGACUCUCAAAAAGAAGAAACCAGAACUAACAUUGACUCAGAUGGUUGGAAGAGAAAUUAAGGAAGGUCCUAAGGAAGAGAAGGAGAAAGAAGAUUAUGAAUGUGUUAGUCUGGAACACAGGACUGAAGAAACUGAAGCUGAUGGUAUGAUGUUGAACCUGCCAACAGAUGCCUGCUAUGGAAUCCUGAAAGAACCACUCAUUAUCCUCCAUCCAUUACAUGGCUGUAGUGAUCCAUAUAGUCUGUCACGUGUACUACAUGAAAUUGAGCCCCGUUAUGUCAUACUCUAUGAUGCAGAAUUGUCAUUUGUUCGCCAGCUUGAGAUAUUCAAGGCAGGCAGGCCGGGCAAGCCACUGAGAGUUUAUUUCCUCGUAUAUGGAGGCUCUACAGAAGAGCAGCGAUACCUGACCAAUCUGAGAAAGGAGAAGACAGCCUUUGAGAAUUUGAUAAGGGAGAAGGCAAUAAUGGUAAUCCCUGAGGAGAGGGAGGGAAGGAAUGACUCCAAUCCAGAUCUUGCACGAGAUGCUGGCCUCUCACCUGCUGAAAGAGACACGCGGAAAGCUGGUGGCCAGGCUCAGAAGAAAGAGCAACAGCGCAUUAUAGUGGAUUUACGGGAGUUCCGCAGUGAGCUGCCUUCCCUGAUACAUUGGCGUGGCAUCGAUGUUGAGCCAGUCACCUUGGAAGUUGGUGAUUACAUCCUGACUCCUGACAUUUGUGUUGAACGCAAGAGUGUGAGUGAUCUGAUUGGCUCUUUGAACAAUGGCCGACUCUACACUCAGUGCAUUGCCAUGUCACGGUACUAUAUGCGGCCUGUCCUGUUGAUCGAGUUUGACCCCAAUAAGCCUUUCACCCUGAACUUCCGAGGAUCGGUCCACCAGGAGAUUUCUAUUAAUGACAUUACAUCCAAACUCACCCUAUUGACUCUGCACUUUCCCAAGCUGCGAAUCAUCUGGUGCCCCUCCCCACACGUCUCUGCUGAGUUGUUUGAGGAGCUGAAACAAAACCGCCCUGAGCCUGAUGCAGCUACUGCUAUGGCUGUCACAGCCGAUUCUGAAGUUGUUUCUGAGUCAGACCGAUACAAUCCAGGACCUCAGGAUUUCUUGAUGAAGAUGCCUGGAGUGAAUGCUAAAAACUGCCGAGCACUGAUGAACCACGUAAGGAACAUUGCUGAGCUCGCAAAACUCUCUCAGGAACAACUAGCUGACAUCUUGGGGAAUGCCAACAAUGCCAAACUGAUCUGGGAGUUCAUUCACUCAUCAUAUAUGGAUAAGGCAGCACAAGCCAAAAAUAGAAGGUGAUGUUCAGAGUGGAUGGAAUUUAAUAGACUCUUCUGUGCCUUCAGUUACCAUAACCUUUUCAACACAAAAGUCUUGUUUAAAAGAAGAGUUAUCAACUUAUUUAAUUAUAUUAAAGCCAAUAGAAUUGUAAAAAUAACAGAAAUAUCUUAUGAAAAAUGGUUCAAAUAGGUUUCUAUUUAUUUUAGUAAUAACAUCAGGAACUCUGUUUAAAGUAUUCCCAAGUGAAUUCCAGCUUCAACAGUUAGGUGCUUUGCUGAUCCAUAAGUAUUUGACGUGAGGAAGUUUGCCUAAUCCUUUUAACUAUUUAAUUCAUUGGGGAAAUAUGAAAAAGUAUUGAAUAAAAGGGACAGUAGAAUAUAAAAGUGAUUGGGUCAAUGCUUCUUUCAUACAGGAGACUUUUUAAAGGCAAUUUUUAUGAAUGCUGAUAUCAGUCAUUGAAUCUAAACAACCAAGGUGCUUAAUUUAUUUAUGUCUGUAGAUGCUAAUAAACUGUAGUUUUUUGCUGCUUUGCAUAUACUUGCUCAACUUGCCUGUUUCCAUUCAUCAUAUUGGAAUCCUCCAUCUAGCAGUGCUUUUCAUAUAGUCAUUGGAGCCAUGUGCAUGGGGUAAUAGGGAUCUUCCCAAGGACUAACUCUUUGAAAUAGCCCUUUGUCAUUAUUUUUACUCAGAUCAGCUGAUCCUUUAUUUAACUUGCUUAGCACAUUCUGUAACUGGAGUAACCAAAUUUCAUGCCUGCUGGAUGGCGUGAAAUUUGGAUCAGUAGAUUCUGCUAUGCCAUUAAGCGACAAGGUUUAAUGGACUGACAGAUUUAAGGAAUUGUUUCUGUAGCCUGUGAUGUACAUACAGCCUUAAAAGGAAUCUCUUGGAUUUCUUUUCUCUUGUGCUCUGAAAUCAAUAGAUGAAAUUUUUAUAAAUUUAUGUGACACAAUAAAGCUAACUACAAAAUGGAUAAAAUUUAAUUAUCUGUAUGGAUUUUGGAAGCUUGAUCUUAACUUGAACUUUUUUUGACAGAUCAAUUGAAACAGUACCGCACCUUUUUUUGUGUGGUACAUUCCCCUGGAUAAGCAACUUCUGAAAUAUUUAAGAAAAAAUUUUAGUCAAAAAAUAUCCACUGACUUUGGGGUUCAAUAUUUAAGGACAGAAACAGAAAUCGCAUGAAACUUUCUCAGAAACAUUUUAAGAAUUAACACGAAAUUAAUGAGGGAUAUCAUACACCUUUCAGAUUGGUUAAAGGCUGGGGAAGUGCUCAAAUAUUGAAUUGGUGCAUUUUGUACUUGGAUAUUUUAAUAUUGUAUAUGAGUUUGGUAAACUUUCUAGUUGAUAGAAAUUGUAGCACUGAAAUUGAUGUUUCAUUUUUUAAAAAAGUCAACCCUUUGAAGAUAUUGAGCAGUUAUGAAAAUGUUUGGUGUGUUUUCUAUUUUUAUUGAUCUUUUGUUGUUAGCACCAUGUCCAAGAGUGGGUAUAAAUGAUUGACACCUCUGGCAAGGAUUGCUCUGUGGAGUCCCCAAUCCCCCAGUUCCCACUGAGCAUUCCAGUACCCUGCCAUAUCCAUAAAUCUAAGAGUGGCCUUUCCUGCUUAAAAAUCAUUGUCGUGAAACAGUAACUCUAAGCAAGAAUGGACUGCAAUCCUACACCCAUUACAAACCGGUAUCUAAGCAAAUAAGCACUUUCUUUCCCCAUCUGCUGAGUGUCCAUUACAAUUGGAAUGCUAUUUCCAUAUUUAAAUCUACAAAUCAAACUGUUAAGAAAUCCACAAUGAUAGUUUUUGUUUGCAACAAGAGGAUCCCAUUUAGACCCUGAAGCUUCCAUUUAAUACAGUGGAUAACUUACAGCCUGGUCAAAUACCUGUCUUUGACUCGCAUCCUUCGAUAGAUUUUUGUUACCUAAAUUAAUCUCAGAGUUAAAAUUGCAAUUGACAUGGCAUUUAUCCACUUUGUGGAACUGUGUUCCACGUCUUUAUCACUCUUUACAAAGUCAUAGGCACAGGUUUAACAUAAAUGUGUUGAAAUUUAUUAAAAAGAGACCAGUGGAGCAUGACCGCUGAUGGCUCAACAGCGAACCCCCAUGAAAGAGAGUUGAUGGGCACAUGAGAGAGAUAUUACCAGAGAGAGGGAAUGGAACUGAUAGGAUUGUUCUGCUGGGAGCUGGCAAGGACUCGAUGGACAUUGACCUCCUCCUACGUCGUAAUAAGAAAGUAAAGUCUGAUAUUCUUAUUGGUUGAUAGGAUCACUCUACCCGCUAAUCUUGAAAGGUAAUCUGAAGCAAAGUGUGAAGA